GCUAUGCGUUUAGCGGUGGGCGCCGCUUUCCGCGCUAUGUCGGCCGUUCAGGGCCGGCCCCGAGGGCUAGUCUACGAGAAGCACGGGGAGCCGGCUCAGGUCCUACAGUUAAAAGACAUCAAUUUGCCUGAGAUGGGAGCUUCUGGGGUCCAUGUAAGAAUGCUCGCAGCCCCUGUCAAUCCAUCAGACAUUAAUAUGAUUCAAGGGUCCUACGCUGUUCUCCCGGACUUGCCCGCGGUUGGGGGGAAUGAAGGAGUUGGACUAGUGGUGCAAAUUGGCAGUAAUGUGACCUCACUAAAGCCAGGUGAUUUGGUGAUCCCAGCAGAUGCAGGACUUGGGACUUGGCAAACAGAGGCAGUAUUCGGGGAAGAGAAGCUGCUCAAAAUGCCCCCAGAUAUCCCGCUGAUGUGUGCCGCCACCUUGAGCGUCAACCCCUGUACGGCUUUUCGGAUGUUGUCUGACUUUAAGACCUUGAAGCCAGGAGAUUCCGUCAUCCAAAAUGCAGCCAACAGCGGAGUGGGACAGGCUGUCAUCCAGAUCGCCGCAGCCAAGGGUCUCAAAACAAUAAAUGUGGUCAGAGAUCGACCCAACCUCCAGGAGCUUGUAGAUAGAUUGAAGUCCCUUGGAGCAGAUCACGUCCUUACAGAAGAGGCAUUGAGAAAGCCAGAAGUCAAAGACUUGUUUCAGGAAAUCCCUAAACCCCUGCUAGCGCUGAAUGGAGUGGGAGGGAAAAGCGCCACCGAGAUGCUGCGCCUUCUGCAGCAUAAAGGGACCAUGGUUACCUAUGGUGGGAUGUCGAAGCAGCCUGUGACGGUCCCCGUGAGUGCCCUGAUUUUUAAGGACGUGAAGCUUUGUGGCUUUUGGAUGACCCAGUGGAAGAGAGACAAUGCCCAGAACAAGGAGGAGCUGAACGGAAUGAUCACAGACUUGUGCACCCUCAUUCGGAAGGGUCAGCUAACUGCUCCAGCCUGCCAAGAAGUCCCACUGGUAGAUUAUCAAUUAGCUUUGAAGGCGUCCAUGGCACCUUAUGUAUCGGCAAAGCAGAUCCUCCUCAUGUAAAGCUGACAGAAGUCAUAGACAAUUGUUUCAGGUGCAAGUUCACUCCCAGCAGCUCCAACUGCUCCUGAGACAACAAGAUCGGAAUUUCCUGCUACUCCCUGCAGAGGAAGGACGAUAGGGAGCAAACAGUCCCAAUUGUAUAACCAGGAUUGCAGUGAAAGUUAUGGUAUUGGAGGCAAAGGUUCUAGGUCCAUGCAAGCCGGGAAUGCUCGUUUGCCUUACAGGAAAAGAGCACCCAAAAGAUCUGGUUUCUCUUUCAUACCAGGAUGCAGGACUACUGGAUAGGAAUAAUUGUACGCAAAUGUUUCAGUGCGUGUGGAUUCAGAGCACCAAGUUCCAGAUAUUUUGAUGCCGCUUCCGUGUAGGGCUGUGUUUAAUGUCGCACCCGUACCACCAGAUUUCUAGAUCAGGUCACAUUCCUCUCCCUGCAGCAAAAUGUUGCACCACUCACAUUCAGAAUCCCAUUUCUGCAGUCAGAACUUGGGAACUUGGGGAUGGCGAGAUGCAAGUGGCAAGCAGCUUUUACAGUUUCUACAAGAUAAAACCUGCAGCGUAGAGAAGCACUUUCUCUUUGCCCGUUCAGCUUGGGGCCGUUUCCUACAAUACAGGAACAUGCUGUGAAAAAUCUCACUCCCGUGUCUGAAAAGGGUUGUGUUGGAUACCUCCAAUUACAUUGCUGCCUCCAAAACAGGUAUUGCCACUUCUGAGCCAUUCCCAUAUCCUCCGUGUACGCCUAGCUUCCUUCGAAAUGGCAGCAUGCUUACAGAUGGACCGAUUGAGACACAAGAGUGGCUUGCAAAAGCACUAUACAAAUGUAACCUUGGGGGGUGUUGGUCCUCGCUUACUGGCUUUGUGUCUUCUAAUGCAUAGAAUUAGUCUGUUAGUGAUUAGCCCUCCGAGGACUGGAUCAACCAGCCUGCCAUCUCCCACUAUUGAAGUUUGGGACUGCAUGAGCCGAGAGAGAGCCUCGAUGGGCCAGAUGCAGCCAGCCGUCUUUAAAUGUCCUCGUCCAAAGCUGCACUGCAUAUGAAAGGAAGGUUUUGAACCCUUGCGUAUCAAAACAAUUGUAACUUGAAAUGAAGGUAAACCGUAUUUGAUUGCAAAUCUUUUGUUGCGGAACCGAGGUGUAAUGGCUGUUGAAAUGCCAAUGAUUUUCGUUUCCAAUAAAAUUCUCCAGCUUGGGUGAUCAGCAAUGGGAUUUAUACUCCGGGCUCUGUCAUAAGAUGGACAGCUUUUUGAAACGGCCCACUCACAUUGUGCGGCUGUACAUCCACCUGUAGUAUUUUCCCCCCAUGGCGUUGUUUUUAAUAGUUCUGCGCGUCGAGGCUCGGCUACAGGGAAGGUUUUGUUAACGUGUGCGCAAAUGAAGCGCAAGCUGUUGAGCUGGCAUUUGGCAGGAUUGUUGGGGCAUGGAGUAAUUCCGAUGAGGUGGCAGAUCAGUCCUGCAUCAAUUAGAAAUGGCAAGGCAAAGAUUUCAGGCCCACAGAGCAACUUGGCAUACUUACUCACAGAAAAGAAUUUCUGCCUAUGGCACAUACAUGUCGGCUGGCCUCUCUCAAGAGGAAGGGGAGGGACAUCAAACUUUUUUACCUGCCUUGGGCAUCAAAGAUUACUGUCUUAAUGUAGAUGUUCUUCCUGAAAUCAUAAUUAAAUGAUGAGAUCCCCUGUU